AUGUUAGAUCUUGUGUGGUUGCUAAUCAUACAUUUGUAACAUCAACUGUCUGGGCAGAGAUGAAGAAGACUACAUCCUACAAAGUUGACAUUAAACUCGAUAGUAAUGGUGUAGUUCUGGAAACGCAAUGCGAGUGUGCUGUCGGCCAAGGUCCUUCAGCACAUUGUAAGCAUGUUGGGUGCACUCUUCAUGCAUUAUCCCAGUUCUGCGAGGUUGCAACCAUCAUUACAGAGGUCACCUGUACUCAGGUCUUGCAAAGCUUCCAUCAGGCAAAACCGCACAAGGGCAGCCCAAUGAAGAUGAGGCGUCUCAACGAAGUACGUGGCAAAUCACGGAGCUUGAUUUAUGACCCAAGGCCCACGACGAGACGAGACCCUCAACAAAUUCAGCAGCACUUCAGACAAGUGGUUCUCAACUAUCAGGGAAAGGCAAGGCUGCCAGUGUUCCAACUUUUUGCACCAGCUGAUAUCACUACACUUGGGCUUGACCAUGAUUAUAUGGAGCUCACCAUGGAAGAAAAUUUCCUAUUAACGGCUAAGCUGUCAUAAAAUAAGUGAUAUUUCAGUAUUUGGAAAACAAACAAAUGCACACUGUCACCACCACAGGGACCUGAGGCGAAAUAAAAAAUUAAAAUGUGUUAUAUAAAAAGAGAAGAAGGGAUCUAACUUCUGCACGCUGGCGAUCACAGUAACCUUUCAUUUGAGCUCCAACCACAGACAGAAAUUCACACUUAUUCUAUCAACUUUUGCACCAAGCUGUAUCCACUUCGACCAUGCACAACAAUUAAUCCACCCCUGUACCUCGAUUCCACAUUAGAGCCGUUAAACUUGAUGGCAAACCACUGUUUUUGGCCAAUGAGAAAAAUUACUUGUAGACCGAUGAUAACCGAGUCGCGAACAAAAAUGGCUAGAUCUCAGCAAUCAGACAACCGAACACAAAGACCUUGAUACCAUUUUAACCGUCCGAGAUCAGGAAAUAUGAAAACCCACACGCGGUUCCUUCUCUUCUGGAAUAGUCACAACUAUUGUCCAAUUUACCAGACUUUCGUAACUUCCAACGUAAACACAAACGCCAUGAUUAGUGAAUUCAGAACUACCCCGCACUCAACACCGGCUCAUCGCUGAUUAGUCGCAGUAACUCUGCUGUAACUAAAAAAUCAACGAAAAAUCAAGGUAAAUAUCUUCAAGAAGUGGAAAAUAC